UCUUACUUCGUGGAUAUUACUGACACGAGUCCCACCCUUUUUCUAUCACGAAAGUAAUGUCAGCGUCAGUGACUAAGUACAUACUCAAUUGUUUGAAUGAAUGUUGACAUUUAGGAUUAUCACUACAUUUCUUUACAAAUGGCUAAGUGCCUUGUAGUGAUACUCUCGAUUCUGUACUUUUGCUACCUAGGCAACGCCCUAGAAUGCUAUGUGUGCACUAAUCAGGAGGAUAAUAAGGAGAAGUGCAUAAAAAGCAUAAAAACGUGCGAACAAGGCGAAGACGUAUGUCUGACGGAGAUAGCAUGGGGAAGUACACCGUACUGGUCUCAGGGCACCAAGAAGCAAUAUUACAUUUCAAAGCGUUGCUCCACUAAAAAGAACUGCGAACGAGUCAGGCGUAACAACAUGCCCGAUUGCACUCACAUUUGGUAUCAAGAUUGGAAAUGUUCGGAGUGCUGCAAAGGGGACCGUUGUAAUUAUUAUAUCAUCUCUGGUAGCGGUAGGACAGGAAUUUGCCUGGUAACGAUACUAGCAGUUCUUUUGCCCAUGUUUCAUUGGAGCAUUCAAUAACGUACGUCCUGACUGUACAGAAUCCACUCCUACCGCAUGACACGGUCAUGCCGAGUGCUAUAUGCACUAUAUUUUAGAAUGCAGGAGCUAACGCCCAUAUUGAAAGUCUCGCGACUACCUACACAGUGUACCUGUGCAUUUCACAAGAUCAUUCCAUUAACCACAAGGGCAAAAAAAGAAUCUAGUAAGAUUGGUACCACGCCGGCUACUACCGGUUCAGCGAGCCAAGCGUGAUACCUAGCUUUUAAACCUUUUUUUUACAAUUUUAUACAGUAUGUACUGCAUGACUACAUACUUAGCUAUAAGAUCUAGUUUUACGACUGCUAGAUGGAGCGUGAAGUUACGUUCGCGUUGGAACUGCGCCCGUCUAGCAAUAUCAAUUUUAAUUACCAAAUAUGCGCCGACACGUUUUUAAUCCGUGAAGUACAACUCGGUCCGUCCAAUUUUAAAUAAAUAUACCAUGUUUUUUAAA